UUAGAUUAGAUUAGAUUAUUCCCUAGAGAUCUGGAGACAGUUCUAAAGACUAUAAGGUCUGCGAUUGUAUGAUUAUUGUGGCCAUUGAUGAUGAUGAUGAUGAUGAUGAUGAUGACUCAAGUGCAAUCAACGCCUUCCUCACUGGUGUCGUCGCUCACAUACACACCUCGCCUAGCAAUUAGAGCUUCACGAGAUCAUGUUUGUGCUGACACUCUAAAGAGUCACAUUCCUUCAGGCUCUUCUUCUUCCAGAAGCUUAUGUUCUUGUGGAAGAAAACAUUUUCUUGAAGCAGCUAGCCCGAAAAUGCCCUUUGUUCCCAUCUAUUAUCCUAAUGCUUCGCGUUCCAAGGAUGUUUCAGAGACAUUUCAUCCUCAGAGGCCAGAUUGGUAUAAGGAGCUUUUUGCUUGGUUCUUGAGCACAGGAAUGCGAUCUUAUGAGGCAGAGAUCGCGGAUUACAAGAAGAAACUUUUCGAUAAUCUGACUGGUAAAGCAGAAAAAGUGCUGGAGAUUGGUGUUGGUACAGGUCCUAAUCUCAAGUACUACGUGAGUAAUGAGAACGUUUGUGUUUUCGGUAUGGACCCGAAUCACAAAAUGGAAAAGUACGCCUGUGAAUCUGCUAAGGAAGCCGGGCUGAAACCAGAAAACUUCAGAUUCAUCCAAGGAGUAGGAGAAGCUAUACCGUUAGAUGAUGACUCUGUGGAUGCAGUCGUUGCAACACUUGUUCUAUGUUCUGUCUCUGAUGUCACUCAAACACUCAAUGAGAUCAAGCGUGUGCUGAAACCGGGAGGGAUUUUCAUAUUCAUCGAGCACGUAGCGGCUGAAGAUGGAUCUUUUUUCAGGAAUAUCCAAAAUGUAUUGGAUCCAUUGCAGCAAGUAGUUGCAGACGGAUGCCAUUUGACAAGAAACACCGGUUUAUACAUUUCGGCUGCCGGUUUCGGUGGUGGCACAGAGAUCAAUACGGCGGCAAUCUAUAGCUUCCCUUGGAUCAUAAGACCUCAUGUCUAUGGAGUUGCGUACAAGUAACUAUGCAAGUAUAAGGCAAGGUUUCAAAGAUCCAUGAGGUAACUUAUGUUUUCAAAUCUAUCAUUCAGUUUCGUAACUAUGCAAAUUGAUUCUCAAUUUUCGAAACUCUCGCUGUAUUAUUCCACUCUUUGUUACAAGUUUAUAACUUGUAGCAGAAGUCUCCUAUGAAAUCCUAGAAUUGUCUCCCUUUGUUAAUUUGAGGCCAUUGUAUUGGACCUCUGUUUUAA